AUGUUUGGCCAAGGAAAGGAGAAGCGUCGUCAAUGCCGUGGCAUCGAGCUCAUCGCUUCCGAGAACUUCACCUCCUUCGCUGUUAUUGAAGCCUUAGGCAGUGCCCUGACCAACAAAUACUCGGAAGGCAUGCCCGGUAACCGAUACUACGGAGGUAACGAAUUCAUCGAGGAGAUCGAGAAUCUCUGCCGAUCUCGAGCCCUCCAAACCUACCGUCUCGACCCAACCCAAUGGGGUGUCAAUGUGCAGUCAUAUUCAGGUUCACCAGCUAACUUCGCUGCCUACACCGCUGUGCUUCAACCACAUGAUCGUAUCAUGGGUUUGGAUCUUCCAUCUGGGGGUCAUUUGACACAUGGGUAUUACACCUCUAGUGGGAAGAAGAUCUCUGCUACCUCCAUUUACUUCGAGAGUUUGCCUUAUAAGGUGAAUUCCACAACUGGGUAUAUCGAUUAUGAUAAGUUAGAGGAGAAGGCCUUGGAUUUCAGGCCAAGGUUGAUCAUUUGUGGUGGGAGUGCAUAUCCAAGGGACUGGGAUUAUGCUAGGUUUCGUUCUAUUGCUGACAAAUGUGGAGCCCUUUUGCUUUGUGACACGGCUUUGGUUGCUGGGUUCGGAUUGGUGGUGGUCGUUUGGGUGUUGGCUGGGUUUCACAGUGGAGGUCAGGUUUGGGUCACGGUGGAGAUCGUUCUGGUGGUAGUUGGUGUUUCAGUGGUGGAGCCGUGGCUUGAAUCGGUUGGAGCUUGGGUUGAAUCGGUUGUGGGUGAUGGGUAUUUUGGCUUAGGCUGA